AUUAAUUAACGGCACGUGUACUGACGGCUGCAUGAUAACACAAGCACACUUCCGGUUUCCGGUGCGGUGUGAGGCUUUACUGUGACCAGCAUGAACUCUGAUGGAGCUGUGAGGAGUUUAGGAGCUGUUUUAUUCCUGGUUAUCUUUCUCUCACUGAUGAGUGGUGAAGUAGGAGACCCACAGGAUGAGGGUGAUGCGGGUGAUGCUGCAGGUGGAGUCUCCGGUUCUUCUGUCCACAUGGAGAAGGUGUAUGGCUUUGUGAGCUGUGUGGUUGCUGUGCUGCUCUACGGCACUAUCUACGUCCCUGUCAAAAAAGUGGAAACUGGAGACGGUAUGUUCUACCAGUGGAUCUCCUGCGCUGCCAUCUGGGUCGUGGCCCUGAUAGGAGACAUUCUGCUGAGAUCCUCUAAAGCUCAUCCAGCCGCCAUGCUGGGAGGAAUGAUCUGGGCCACCGGAAAUAUUUGCUUGGUGCCGGUGGUGAAGUGUGUUGGUCUGGGUCUCGGGAUGCUGCUUUGGGGAGCCAGUGGUCUGCUUAUUGGCUGGGCGAGUUCACUGUUCGGUCUGUUUGGACUGGAACCUGAGGUGGUGUCGAGACCCUUGUUGAAUUACUGUGGUGCUGCUCUCUGUCUGCUCAGCACUCUCCUAUUCUUCUUUGUGAAAAUUGACGCGCAGAAACCUUCAUGCUCUGAAGCGACGCCGAUCCUCAUACAGGAAAGGUCGUUCUCUGACGGUCUGCGCUCCACUGACUCGUGGGUGGACACAAUAUCGCCAAAAUCCAGAAGGCCGCUUGGCUGUAUCAUAGCGAUUUUAUCAGGUUUGCUGUUUGGCUCCUCGUUCGUGCCGAUUAUUUACAUUAAACACCAUGCAUUCAGUAAUAACAGCAUGUUCACUGGCUCCAGUCAGAACGAUCUGGAUUACUGUUUUGCUCAGAGCAGUGGGAUUUUCCUCAUGAGUAUGCUGUAUUUUGUCAUCUACUGCGCUGUGAUGAAGAACCGACCUCGCGUUUACCCCAGAGCCGUUUUACCAGGAGUUCUGAGCGGUGUAAUGUGGGGAAUUGCGACGUACUGCUGGUUGCUGGCGAACCGCCGCCUCGGCCCCGUGGUCACCUUCCCCAUAGUGACUGCUGGAUAUGGAUUAGUGGCUGCUCUGUGGGGAAGUGUGGUCUUCAAGGAGGUCAGAGGGCUGGGGAACUGCCUGCUGUUUGCCGUGGCGUGCUGCAUGGUUCUGACCGGUUCUAUCCUCACGGUCCUCUCCAAACUCUGAGAGAUUCUGAUUAAUGACGACUGUUUAUCAUGAUAUAAUCUGAGAUUAAGGAUGUCCUGUAUGAAGUUAUUUAUUUGGAUUAAAUCAUUUUGUUCAUUUGGA